AGGCAGCAGGACGGCCCACUCGCGAUCUCUCUCUCUCUCUCUCUCGUCGCUGCAUAUUCUCACGAGCAGAAUGAAUGUUAUUAUCCUGGUAGCAUGUUGUGUAUGCUUAGUGGCUGGACGCCCGCAAUAUGCCAACCCUACCGCCACGCCCAUACCCAUCCUGUUGGACCAAAGGAUACCCAUCGACCAGCUUGGUGGAUACGGGUUCAAGAUCCAAACCGGAAACGGCAUCGCGUGGCAGGAGACGGGAGCGGCGACCUCGAAGAGCGGACAGUACACAUUCACGCACCCCGACGGCACCCCGCACGCCCUCUCGUACACCGCGGGCGUGGGCGGCUUCCUUCCGGUGUCCGACCUCCUCCCGACGCCCCAUCCUCUCGAACCUUGGCAUAUUGAGCAGAUUCGAUUCGCUGAAAGCCAAAGAGCGGCGACGGCUUCGGUUUCAGCGGCGACGGCUGUUCAGAUCAAGAAAUGAGAUGUUCGUCUUUGUUUUAUGUAGUUAAUACUCAGUUAUUCUUUAUUUUUUUCUAAUGUAGUGCUAUUUUCUUAAAUAAAUAAAUAAUAAUA